AUGUCCACCGAACUUCAACAAAACCUCGCGGCUUCCAACGAGAAGUACGCCGCCUCCUUCACCAAAGGCCACCUUGCCCUCCCUCCAGCGAAGAAGUACCUCGUCGUAACCUGCAUGGACGCCCGCAUCGACCCAGCCGCCGCCUUUGGCAUCGACCUCGGCGACGCCCACGUAAUCCGCAACGCAGGCGGCAACGCCAAAGACGCUCUGCGAUCCAUCCUGAUCUCGCAGCAUCUGCUCGGAACCCGGGAGAUCAUCCUCGUGAAACACACCGGCUGCGGCAUGCUCACUUUCCAAAACACCGAUGCCUUGAAAGCUGUGGCCUCGAAUGUGGGCACCGGCGUUCUGGCUUCGACGUAUGACUUCCAACCGUUCGGCGACUUGGAGCAGGCUGUCAAAGACGACGUGGCGUGGUUACAGGGCCAUAGCGCGUUGGUGGAGCGGACGGUUAGUGGGUGGGUGUAUGAAGUCGAGACGGGAAAGACGAAGCGGAUCGUGUGA